CCUGACAUCUUCAAGUCACAAUCUUAAACACGAAGCUUCAGCAUCACACCCGCAGUCACACCUGACUCUGUUCCCCCCUCCGAAUAACCCACCGAAACAAAAAUCCGUUCGCUGUCGUUACUACCAAUCAAAAGAGUCCACAACCAACACGCACCCCGCCGCCACGUUUGCGAACCCGGCCAUCCUUCCUCACAUCUGCACCACCACCCGUAUUGCAUCACACACCCGACAUGUCCCGGUCAACCCCUCGCAAACGCGGCCACGCCCGCCACUCCUCCGCCUCCGGCCAUGGCCCCCGUCCCGUGCAGUCCGACUACGAGUCCGACGCCGCCCACUACAUCGACUCUCACCCGGUCCCCGUCCCGAACCCGGCCCUCUUCAACCGCACGAACACGGACCUCAACCUCUCGGUCCUGCGCCGCUACCUCCCCUCCAUCAACUCAACCCUCUCCAUCGCCGCCAACGCUGUCGUCUACACCUUCAACCCCUCCCUCCCCGGCUGGGAUAAGACGGGCAUCGAGGGCACCUACUUCCUCUGCAUGCAGGACCCGGCCCCGGGCGCCGGCCCCGCGACGCCCCGUGCCUGCAUCUUCGUGCUGAACCGUCGCGGUCUCGAGAACGUCAUCCUCGACCUGGUCGACGUCGCCGACUUCGAGGUCGUCGACGAGAUCUACAUCUUCCGCCUGCGCGGCGGCGAGGAGGACGGCAGCAAGGUCAUGGGCAUCUGGAUCCACGCCGACAAGGACGACACGCGCGUUAUGAACGCCGCCCUCAUCACCGAGACGCUCAGGCACGUCCGCAUCGCCGAGGAGCAGAACGCCGUCGCCGGCGGCGGUCCCGCCCCGCAGGAGGAGCUAGGGCCCGCGAUGCAGGCCAUCGGACGCCGGCUGAGCCUAAGCGACCUUUUCGGCGCGCAGAACGGGGUCAAGGGCUAGGAGUCCCUGGUGCCCGA